AUGUCCCUUUUAAAUAAAAACAUAGAAAACGGACCAGGAAACAGAGCCCUACGAAGGGAUAAGUCUACCAAAGACGUUGUAGACUUUUCUAAAAUCGGUGGUCUCAACAACCAUCUUAAGACCUUAAGAGAAGUCAUUAUAUUUCCAUUAUUGCACGGAAAUGUCUUUUCCCACUUUAAAAUUAAAGCACCAAGAGGUGUGCUAUUCUAUGGACCCCCGGGAACUGGUAAGACUUUGGUAGCAGCAGCUUUAGCGGCGGAAAUAAACAGGGAAGGUAUUGGCAAGGUUUCGUUCUUUCAAAGGAAAGGAGCCGACAUUCUGGACAAAUGGGUUGGCGAGUCGGAAAAGAAUUUGAAAAAUCUCUUUGAAAAAGCGACAAAAAGCAGACCGGCCAUCAUAUUUUUUGACGAGUUGGAUGGAUUGGCUCCCAUAAGAUCAGACAAGAACGACCACAUACAUUCGAGCGUUGUAGCUACCUUACUCGCCCUCAUGGAUGGUUUGGACAACAAGCCUGGGGUUAUAGUAAUCGGGGCUACAAACAGGAUAGAAGCAAUCGAUCCAGCUCUACGGAGACCCGGUAGAUUCGACAAGGAACUAUACUUUCCCUUGCCAGGAGUUGAAGCAAGAAAAGAAAUCAUACAGGUGCAUACAAACACUUGGAAACACAAACCGACGCCAAAAUUUUUAAUUAAUCUUUCUGAUUUAACGGCUGGAUUCUGUGGAUCAGAUCUUCAAGCUCUAUGUUCUGAAGCAGUUUUGUGUUGUAUGAGAAGAAUUUAUCCGCAUAUCGAGACUAAGGGGUACAAAAUAAAAAUUGAUGCUAACACCUUAAAAGUUGAAGACUGUGACUUUUUGGCAGCUAGGUUAAAUUUAGUACCGUCCACCUUCAAACAGGGUCGAGCAAUAAGGAACCUCAGUCACAUAAUCAAACCACUUCUGAACAGACAACUAACCAGAAUCUUAAGAUAUUUGCAUUUGCUUUGGCCACAUUUCUUACAAGAAGGUUACAGAUAUACUGUAGGCGAAAAACGAUAUGCUGGUAGAAUUCUACUGGUAGGGUCAAACACGCAAGGACUGAACACCCAUUUAGUGCCGUCCCUUUUGAAACAUUUGGAACAUUUACCGUCUUUUGUUUACGAUACAAGAUUAUUCGAUAGAACCAAGUUGACGAAUUUUAUCAACGUCCAAUUUAACUUCCCCGCUGUUAUUUUACUGUCGAGAAUUGAUGAAUGGUGGGAUUACAUAGACGACUGCGAUCAACACAGCAUCGUGUCCACUUUAGAAGAUGUCCACGCCGGACUUCCAAUCUUAACCAUAGCCUCUUGUAAGGCGGAUAUCCCUGCUAGGCUGCACAAUUUCUUCUACAACAACAGCACCAUACUGAUAAGGAUAGAAGACCCGAACAAAGAAGAAAGAGAAACAUUCUUGGCACCUCUGUUCUUCGACGAAUUAGGUUUGAGCGUCUACAAGGUCCUGGUAAACGGCAGGAAGUAUGACUUCUCAGGGAAGAAAAUCAUAAAGUGCGACGACUGCUGCAGCAAGACAGGUGCCAGGAGGAAGGUUAUUAAAAACAACGAAGAAUGCCCCUGUGAAGUGGGAGGCGCCACUGAAUCGUUGCAGAAUGCUUCUUGCUUGAGGGGGAAGAGGAAGAGGGAACAUUCGUGUCACGCACUUAGAAAGAAGAUCAAAUUUUGUGAGAGCAAGUUUGGUGUUGUGCGGUCGAACAGCGCUGGUAGCCUCUAUGAUAUACACAAGCAAAUAAAAAAAGAAAAAAGCAGUCGAAAAAGCCGACGAUGCGAUAGCCUGACGUCGUUCCAGUCGCUAAAGAAUAAGCAAUACUUCACCAGAGUGCUAUCCGAUUUGUUGAAUCAGAGGAGUACCGAUGUCUGUCGAGGCUGCUCUUCUCGUCCAAGACCAAAAGAAACCACCACGUGCGACAAAUUGGUGAAAUUAGAACCGAAGACGGAGUCUUAUGCCGCACCAAGCACGUCAUCUUCCUGUAGAAGAAACUUAGACGAUUCCCAUAUGAAGACAAUAUAUAAACUUUGGAAGCAUGCGGCACUUGUAACGUCAAAGAACAUGACUGUAGCCCAGUUGGAACUGCUGUACGAUGUCAUAUCAGCUUGUAUUAACAUUCAUCGGAAUUCAUUUGAUAAUUUAAUCGAGAAUUUAGAAAACGUUUUAAAGCAAAUUGAACAAUCAUAUCAGAUCACAGAAACUCAAUUGGAAUGUCCCUAGUUUAGAAUUGU